GUCAGUUCCUCAUCAGUAGAGGUGUCUCGGAUGGAGAGAAGAGGGAGAGAAGAUGGAGGAUAGGGGAGAGGGAGGGAAGGAGGUUGCUGUUAAUAGAACAGACAGGACCAGAAUAGCAGGGCGUCGCAGAAGAAAAGCGAGUCUCUGGCUCUCUGCCUUCCAGCAUCCUCAUAUCUGAAACUCGAGUCAGGCAACAUCAAAUCACUAAAACUAACAGUUGUAAGUCUUUUGCUAAUGCAGUUUGUUUAAAUGGGCCAGAAUAAGCUUUAUUAGGAAAGGGACAAAUGCUGCAACAUAUAGUCAUGCCUGUUGAAAUAAGGCGUGUUAGACUGUUACAACAAGCGACCAGGCAUGUGAAAAGUCCCCCCCCCAACACACACACACACACACACACCUCUGUCUUUGUCCUUGAGACAGAACGGAUCAGACAUUUAGCUCUUUAACGGGGCUAAACCGGCCUCUGGUGGUCUGGUCCAUUUGGGACUCCUCCUUUAUCAUCGAUCCCCUCCUCCCCUCCACACACACACCUCGCCCUCCUCUGCCCCUGCUCCCUGCACAGCAGCAGUCCACGGCGAUUCGCCGUUAACGGCAGACCCGCUCCCCGCUCUUUUCUUCUCCUCACGUCCUCCCCGCUUUCAGGCAGAGAAGACCAGCAUCCCCGUUCCCGGGCUGCGUCUCCGUCCGCCGGCGCUGCACCAUCCUUAUCAAUAACAUGGAAAUAGAAGACUGUCGUUCUUCCAUCUAGACGGAAAGUCUCACCACAAAGAGUCAAGACGGGGGGCACAAUGAGUGAAGAGCCGCCGGUCACCCCAAGCUGGUUGACCCCUGACCCCACAGCAUGGGCCAGCGGAGGGCCGAUGGACAACAGCACCAGCUUGGAGACGUUUCCUCCAGAUUCCCUUCCGCCCAGCCAGCUGCCCCUGCUGAUCAACCCCUGGGACAUUGUGCUGUGCUCAUCGGGGACUCUGAUAGCCUGUGAGAACGCCCUGGUGGUGCUGGUGAUCUGGCAGAACCCGGCGCUCAGAGCUCCCAUGUUCCUGCUCAUUGGCAGCCUGGCGCUGGCCGACCUACUGGCCGGCCUGGGCCUGGUGCUUCACUUCACCUGUGCCUAUUUGCUUCAGUCCGACUCGGCCCAGUUGCUGACCGUAGGCCUGGUGGUGGCCUCCUUCUCCGCCUCUGUCUUCAGCCUUCUGGCCAUCACUAUUGACCGCUACCUGUCACUGUACUAUGCCCUCACCUAUAACUCAGAGCGGACAGCGGCCUUCACCUACACCAUGCUGGUGCUGCUGUGGGGCCUCUCCCUGUGUCUGGGCCUGCUGCCCGUAACAGGGGUCAACUGCCUGGCAGAGGAGGCUACAUGCAGCGUGGUGCGGCCACUCACAAAGAACAACAUUGCCGUGCUGUCCGUCUCAUUCCUGCUGCUCUUCGGCCUCAUGCUACAACUCUAUGUCCAGAUCUGCAAGAUUGUGAUGCGCCACGCUCACCAAAUCGCCCUCCAGCACCACUUCCUGGCUGCCUCACCCCACUACGUCACAACACGGAAGGGCGUGUCUACGCUGGCCAUCAUCCUGGGUACCUUUGCUGCCUGCUGGAUGCCAUUUACUGUCUACUCCCUCAUUGCUGACUACACCUACCCUCCACUCUACACCUACGCCACGCUGGUGCCUGCCACCUACAACUCUGUCAUCAACCCGGUCAUCUAUGCCUUCAGGAACCAGGAGAUACAGAAGGCGCUGUGGCUGGUGUGCUGCGGGUGUGUGCCUGCCAGUGUGGCCCAGCGGGCCCGGAGCCCUAGUGACGUCUGACCAAGCAGACCAUUGUGGGAAGACGGAGGCGCCCUAAAUCAGCUUUGCUUCUUACUGGAUGUGUCUGGUGUAGAAUAGAGCAGCAGCAAGGGAGGCCAGGGGAAGUGGCAGAGGCCUGUGGCUUCAGUUCAGGCUGGAGAUGUUACUGGCAGUGGCAGUUUUGUUAAUUAUCCUCUGCCCACCUGGAUGGAUAACGUUUUUUUGUUUUUGUUACACUCACCAUAGGGCAAGGUGUCUCACUGUCUUCCCCAGGCAGACAGUGCAGGCAGCAUCCCGCCCUCUCCCGUUCAACCUGCCCGCCACGCCCUUCCUCUGAUCUGCAAAAAGCGCUGAGUGCAUCACAUGUUACAGGCAGCAGCUGUAUGUGCAUAUAGUUAACAGCACGUGAGCUUUGGUUGACACGUGUUUGUUUUUCUUUAAAUAGGGAGGGAUUAUUAGUUUGCACGCGUGCGUAAAAGCGCACGGCAGAUUAAACAGUGUGCGAAGAGAGGAGAGGCCGCGGCUGAAUAUGCAGGUAUUUCCACAUAGAGCCCGUCUGAAGCAGCAUCCCGGCGCUCUGCUGCUGCACUCUGAACGUGCGUCGAAAGCUAAGCAGCCGCGGAGAGCUAAAAAUAGACCCGGCGCUCUCUGAUCCGCGCCCUGAGUCCUCCACAGACCCCGAGAAAGAAAUUAAGCCGUUUAUUCUUCUCCUCACCUCUCCAGAUGUACCAGUCUUCUUUUCUCUCUCGAUUGUGCGUACAUGGCUUUUAGUUCAUCUCGCGUCUGGGAGGCUCAAGAUAAAGCCCCAGGAGACCCCACCAGUAACCCCUCCUCCCUCUCUUAUCAUUAACAGGAGACCAAACCGAAUAGAAACCUGUCGGAUUAUGUAACCCCCUUAAAUCGCCCCUCUUUCACCUAUUGAAAGGAAAGUUUUUUUUUAAAUGUCUUGAGAUUAUUGUAUAAUUUUUAAUUGAAAAAGCCCACACAUUUGAACGAUAAUUUGAAGGAUCAGGUAUUUCUUUUUACAUAAUAACACAAAUAUCAAAUGUAUUAUCCAUCAAGUAAUACAUUAGGAUGUUAAAUUAACAUGCCUAUGAUCAGAUCACUACAAACCUGUAGACAAAAGCCCAACUAGCAGUAAAUGAUACAAGGGAUUUGUUUUGGUGAAAAUCUGUUAAAUCUGAAUGCAUUUCCAUUUAUUUGAUAUUUUUGGCUCCAUGCUGGACCUCAGUGUAUUUGGCAUGCAACAUAUGUCCUUUUCCCCAUGAGUUCAGGUAGGUCACAGGCCAUGUGUCAUGUAUACCCUGAUGUAAUCAUGGCCCAAAUCCUUUUUUUAUGGCCCAAAACCCAAACUCACAACACCUACUAGCUGCUCUGAGUUAGUUCUCAUUCAUUUUUUAUCUCAAAAUUAGUUUGCAAACCUGACAAACAUGCUCGCUAAUUCCUCAUUCCUUCAUAUCUUGUCAGCAAUAACUAGCCUAUGAAUGGUAGUUAUUUUUUUUAGAUGUGAAGCAAUACUCAGACAGCAAUAACAUCCACGUCGCACCAUGACUUCUUCCUGCUGCAUGAAGUACCAUAAUGGCCACUCAGGUUAGGGGGAUGUGUUGUAGUGACUAGCAUCAGUGAGCUACAAGUGAUGCUUCCAUGAUACAUUUUCAAAUAGGUGGUAGGAUAAUCACUCCUGGGCUGGAAAAUGUGGACAAAAUGAAACAACUUAUUUGUCUCGGUGACACCACUGCCUCAUUCCUGCCUAAUGAUUUUUUUCUUCCGACUCAAAAUUGGGCUUUGAUUAUUUGUCACAUCAGGCUGACAUUUUAUUUAGUUGCCUCGGCCUUUUGUGAUGAACUGAUCAUUGUCUCAUGUGUGAUAUGGGACUGUGUUUUUGUGCAUAAGUUGCAUGGCCUCUCUGUGUGUGUGUGUAUGUAUGUAUGUGUGU